AUGUCGAGACCCGAAGACACUCUGGCGGCCGACGUCCACUACGACGAUGUCGAAGCCCGCAAGUACACCACCUCGUCGCGUAUUCAGAACAUCCAGGCGUCCAUGACCCACCGCGCCCUCGAGCUUCUCGACCUUCCGGGCCCUUCUUUUAUCCUCGAUGUCGGCUGUGGAAGUGGCCUGUCGGGUGAAAUUCUCUCCUCGCUGUCGCCAGACGAAGGGGGUCCUCACGUUUGGGUCGGCAUGGACGUCUCGGCCUCCAUGUUGGACGUGGCCCUGCAAAGAGACGUGGAGGGAGAUCUUCUACUGGCAGAUAUUGGACAAGGUGUACCGUUCCGUGCCGGUUCAUUCGAUGCAGCCAUCAGUAUCAGUGCCAUUCAGUGGUUAUGCAAUGCAGAGAGCAGCGACACAUCGCCUCAAGGAAGAUUGUCGAGGUUUUUCGGUGGGCUCUACGCCAGUCUCAAGAGGGGAGGAAGAGCCGUGUGCCAAUUCUACCCCAAGAACGACGAACAAAAGAAGAUGAUCACGGGUGCCGCAGUCAAGGCCGGGUUCGGCGCUGGUCUGCUCGAGGACGACCCCGACACCAAAAAUGUCAAGGUCUACUUGGUUCUCACAGUCGGACAAGCUGUCAUUAAUGGCCAAAGUGGCGACAUUACCGGAGUCGUCAAGGAUAUGGACAAUGUGGAUGUCAUGGAUAUCAGGAGAAAGGCUGCCGGCUCACAGCGCGACGUCAAGAAGGGCAGCAAAGCCUGGAUUGUCAAGAAGAAGGAACAAAUGGAGAGGAAAGGAAAGGUUGUCAAGGCGACAUCGAAAUACACUGGCCGGAAGAGAAGAAUUGCUUUUUAA